AUGCAGAAUCAACAGGAAGAGAUAUCUAGUACACAAACCACUACUAUAGAGGUGCUUCCUCCUGUGCUUCAGCUUCGAGCUUCAAGGGAUCAACCUAGCAGGCAUGACGUAAGAUGGGGUACAGAUGUUAUAGAUAAUGAGAAUAUGAAUAAAAAGAAGACAAAAAUAUGCUGUAUAUACCAUCCACAAGAUGAGGAUGAAGAAGGAUGUACGUCUGACCAUCAACACGAAGAACCACCAGAAUCCUCAUCCUCUUCAUCAUCAGAGUCUGAAAACGAUAAAGAUCUGGGUUUCGAUGAGAGAAGGAAAAGAAGAGUAGAGAGGAGACGUCGCAAAUUGAGGGACAAUACAGAUAGUGCACCUAAUGCAUACGAAGUGCAACCAGAUUAUUCUGAACAUCGAAAGAAAAUGAUGGAAAAGAAGAGUAAUAAUACGUAA